AUGCGUUUGGCCUAUGUAAUACCACAAACAACAAUUAAUAAACCGCUUUUACUUAGUUUAUUCGGAAGAAGAUUCUUGUUGAUUUCUAAUAGGUAUUUUUACAAGAUGUCAGAAGAAGCGAAAGUCCAUGAAAUUGCUCCUUCUACCAAGAGGCCAUUGCCUUCACAAAUGGGGUUGAAUGCACAAAGAGUGAAGAAACAAAAGCUGAAAAAGUAUAAGGCUAAAAAAGUAGAUGCGACUUCACCUUUAGGUGUGUUACAAUUUGAAAUUGAUGAUCUAUUGAGAUCAAAUGCAUUAACUCGUGAGGAAGUUGAAAACGAUAUGAAAGCCAUCCUAAAUGACAAAACAGAUGAAAUCAAAAAUAAGUAUCAUCGUGAAGUUUCCGAUGUUAGAAUUCUUAAAUUAACUUCAAGUGGUGAUGGUCUUGCCCUUAUUGAGCAUCCAUUUGAAGAUAAAAAGAAACAAGUUGCUAUUAUUCCGUUUGGGCUACCAGAUGACGUAGUUAAGAUCAAAGUGUAUAAGACACACCCACACUAUGUUGAGAGCGAUCUUUUGGAUGUUAUUUCGAAGUCACCAAUGAGAAGAGAUGAUCUAAUCAGGGAUAAAUAUUUUGGAAAAUCUAGUGGGGAUCAGUAUGAAUUUUUAACCUAUGAGGAUCAAUUGUCUAUAAAACGUGUGACUGUAGCCAAUGCAUAUAAAUAUUUUGCACCAAGAUUGAUAGCUAACAAUAUGGUUCCAAAAGUAGGCACUACAGUAGCUUCCCCUUUGCAAUACCAUUACCGAACCAAAAUUACACCACAUUUUGAUAUGCCUAAGAAAGUAAGUCAAUUACAAGUGAGGCCUCCAUUAGGUUUUGGACAAAAAGGUAGACCUAAGUGGAGAAAAGAUACUUUGGAGGUUGGUGGAAAUGGUCCAAUCUUAGACAUUGAAGAAUGCAAAUUGGCAACCGAUAUUCUGAAUAUUGGUUUGACUAAUGAGAGAAGACGUUUUGAACAUGAAUUUACUAAGUAUAAGAAGGGUGCAACAAUUUUAUUGAGGGAGAAUACUAUUAUUUUAGACCCAAGUAAACCAACUGAGGAACAGCUAGGUGAGGGAUCCACCAAUGCAGAGGGGAGGGUUAGUUAUAUUGAAAUUAACGAUACAGAACACAAUGUUAAAUUAGCCAAAACUUGUGUUACAAAUACAAGACAAAUUGUGACUGAAUAUAUUGAUGGAUAUAUAUUUCAAUUUAGUGCUGGUGAAUUUUUUCAGAAUAAUAAUUCAAUUCUACCUAUUGUUACAAAAUACGUAAGAGAAAAUUUACAAAUUCCAAAUUCCAAGCCAGAAGAUCCUAAUUAUUUGGUCGAUGCAUAUUGUGGUUCAGGUUUGUUCAGUAUAUGUAGUUCCAAAGGUGUGAGCAAAGUAAUUGGUGUAGAAAUAUCUGCUGAUUCCGUUUCUUUUGCAGAGAAGAAUGCCAAAUCCAACGGUAUUAAAAAUUGUAAAUUUAUUGUUGGUAAAGCAGAAAAGUUAUUCGAAUCCAUAGAUACUCCAAAUGAGAGAACAUCUGUCAUUUUGGACCCGCCAAGGAAAGGUUGUGAUGAAGUGUUUUUGAAACAGCUAUCAGAUUAUUAUCCAGCAAGGAUUGUGUAUAUUUCAUGUAAUGUUCAUUCCCAAGCUAGAGAUUUAGAAUAUUUUUUAAAUGAUACGAAGAAUGGGAAGGAUUAUAAGUUCGAAAGUUUGAGAGGCUUUGAUUUUUUUCCGCAAACACAUCAUGUUGAAAGUGUUGCCGUUUUAUCUAGAGUAUAG